AUGAAGACAGAGCUCAAGUACGUCACAGACCACCUUACCACCCGAUGCUCGCGUGAGGAAUUAGACAUAGCCGCAUACAACUUCAGCGUCAAUUUCUGGUUCGGCCUCACCCCCUCCACACCAAUUGAUGCCUGGCCCCUCAUCUGGGAAGAAGUUGUGGAAAGCGUCUGGUUGUACGCCCUGCCAUCGAGGGAUCGUUUUCUUCCAAUGCCUAACCCGUGGAAGAUUGCCUUUAAGCUUCAGAGCGGUAAAGUGAUAACUCUUGGAAUAUGUGAGGGCUCGUUCCGAAGCGGUCUAUCUGGCGGGCCACAACUAUUUCUUUUCCGUGCCUUCACCGAUGACGGCAACCCAAGUGACGAUCUCGACAAACUUCGUAAUACUAGCUUAUAUCUGACCGGACGCCGCUGUGAGGAUAACGUCAAACUACAGGACAUUGUGUACCAAGUGGAUCGCACUGGCGAAGUAACCACUUACAGCAUAGUGAACGGUCGAGGCCGCCGCUAUUGGCUCUAUAGGGUUAUCCAGAAUAUGCAACCGUUGAUUCAAAGAAAACCUGGGGUCCAAGCUUUCCAUAAGGAGGCAGAUGAUAUCAUGCGCCGCUGCUGGAUAUCUGGAUCAGACCACACGGGCCAUUAUGGAUAUCCAGAUGAGCCGGAUAAUCCUCUUACCAUCGAGGGUGGAAUUGACGGGCAUGUAUGGAGGAGGAAGGUUGGGGUGGCACAGUCUCGAAAAUAA